AUGCCCGGCCGCUUCCCUCCCAGCAGGCUCCGAGCUUCCCGCCAUCACCUAGUGCUGAGCUUGCUCGCCUGCUCUCUUGCGGUGCUCUGCAUCCUCGGCUGGCAACAAACGCAUGUGAGCGGGCGAGUAUCGCUCUUACGUCUCAAUGCACCGUCGGAUAUAGCGGGGCUUGAGGCGGACGUUGCAUAUGCAAACAAGCUUCUCACGGAGAUUGCUCCUAAGCCGUCGAGGCAAAGGAGCGCUGCUCCUCCACACCUGAGCGCUGCUCCUCCCAAGAGUGGAGCGAGCAGCAGGCUUCGGAGCGAGGACCACACGCUGAGAGUGAUCCAAGGAAGGAUCAACAGCGAAAAAUCUCAGGAGGAGUCGGAUGUCGGGAAGAUGAAGAAGGCAGAGCUCGUUGUGUCGACUCUCAAGGCCAAGGUCGAGGACGAGCGAUCCCAGCGGCAGGCCGAUAUGGACGAGCUGAGAGCAGAGAUUCGCAGAGCGCAGAUGCUCGUUAAGCAGACCCAUGAGGGGACUGGCGUGAAAAGCAAGGCUGGCGCGAGUCGCGUAGAUCGAGAGAUGGAAAAGGUAUCUUUCAAGGAAAAGAUGGAUUCAAAGCACAUGAAGUUACCAGUGAAAUCGACGAAGAAGAGUCACAGGAGCACGUUAUGGGGUGGGUAUUAUGACGAUGAUGACUACCAAUCGCAACGAUACAGAAGGAGAAAAUAUGGGAGUUACGACUAUGAUGGUGACAAAUCAGGUAGGAACGAUCCGAAUGAUAUAGCGAGGCGACGACCCAACUUCGACAAUCCUCCCCCAUCUUGUACCACCAAGCCUGAUCCAGACGAGUGUGACCGCUGGAAGAAACAAAAGCAAAGGGAAAUAGCCGACUACGAGAGAGACCUUCGCAAGUCAAGCGACUACAGCUAUGAGCGAGAAGCUCGUGACAGGAGAUAUGGAUACGAGCCCAACAUUUACAACACUGUCCCGCAGCGUUAUCCUCAUAAGGAUGGAGCUGACCUUGGAGACAACUGGAUCUCAGGCUUCGAUCCGCAGUACAGAGACGGCACUGGUGACAGAUACAGAUCUCCCCGGUCCCGGAAUUCGAGGCACGGGUCUCCGUUGUCGGAGGCAGGAGCGUUCUUUGGACACGUUGACCGAGAUAGAACCAGCCCGCUCUACAGCAGGGACGCCCGACUGUCUGCGGCGGAUAAGAGGAGGCUGCAGGACCAGCGGAUGCUUCAGUUUGCUCACUCGGAGUACGGCUCCGAUGUCAAGUCUCCACUAGAUCCUGAGCUGCGCAAGAUGGUGUGGGGAGACGCAGCGGAUUUCAUGCAGGACUCGUUCGGGUACCCCUCGGAUACCUUCCCGUCUACCAGGCAGAUGAAGAAACAGCUCAUGAACACGGCGACGAAAGAAGUACUGGAAGCUCGCUACGACCGGAAGAAAGGGUUCCCCAGGGUAACGCCACUUGUCGAGCGAUGCAAGCGGACGUGCAGCCGAUGUCCGUUCAAGGAGGUCCUCGAGCACAGGGAAACAUCGUGCAAGGAGCCAGACUGCACGCCAGGCAAAUGCUCGAAGAACGACGACCCUCUGACGAAGCAGAUUGCCAAGGGGUCUCUCAACGGCAAGGCUGACCCGUUCGGCUUCCAAAGCGAGCUUGAAGACGAAGAGUUGCCUGAGCAGUUGGUGGCUAUGCAUCGUAACCCAUUGGACCCCUUCAGUCGCUACGGCGAGCCCAUCACUGACGCCAUUGUUCGGGGCUGGGACAUGCACAAUGGAAUUGACUUCCAGAAGGCUGAAGAUUCCUAG